AUUGCGUCUGCUACUUCCGGUUCUCUCUCGGACCGACCGCCGAUGUGUUGUUUUUGGUUAAGUUUUACGUUGGUCGUUUUCAGUUCGUAUUGUACAUAUUCAGUUAAUACACCUUGAUAAUUCCCCCAAAAAUACCCGCGGAAACUCCGCAUUUUUCGAUUGAAGAUGACGGCUUAUUUGUCUAGAAAAGACGUUGAAGAGAUCAAACCUCACGUUGAUAAAACAGUUGAAAAUUUUUUAGGUUUUCAUGAACCUACUUUGGUUACGACGGCCCUCAAUUGCCUUUCGUCUGGCUAUGACAAGCAAAAAACAACAGAUAAGCUUGCUGCACUUCUUGACUCAAGAAAAGCAGAACAUUUGACAGACAAAAUAUUUUCUUUGGCGGAGGGUUUAAAGGCAAUUCAUCGAUCCCGAAAUGAUAGUAGGAAACGACACCAUGAUGAAAAAGAUGACAGAGAUUCAAAGAAAGUUAAAAGGGAGAAGGAGAAGGUGGCUGAUGUGGAAACCAAGAACUCCACCGCAGAUAUUUCAUCAGAUAGUGCACCAAAACCUAGUCCUGGCCAGCUAUCAGCAAUUCAGAUUAAAGAGAUGAUGGCAAAUGCCCAGAGAAUGAUUGAAGAAAGAAAGAAGGCUCUCAAUGCUUUAAAAGGAGAUGAUAAAUCAGUGAAACCAGCUGUAGCAGCUGUUGCAGCUCCUGCUGUGAAAAGUGCUCCCGCUGAUCUAGAAAAAGCAAGAAAAAUUGCCCAGCUUCAGGCUCAAAUUCAAUCAAAAUUGUCCACUGGUGUCUUACCUGGAGUCCUGAGUGGGAUAAGUUCAAGCUUAGGCAAUAAUGCUAACAGCCUGAUUCCCACUCGUCAACCCCAGCAAGAAAAACCUGUACCCCUCAUUUUAGACAGUGAGGGUCGUACUGUCGAUAGUUCAGGUAAAGAAGUUCAGCUUACACACCUAGUACCAUCUCUCAAGGCUAAUAUUCGUGCAAAGAAAAGGGAAGAAUUCCGUCAACAACUUCAAGAAAAACCUGUAGAAGAACUGUCUGAGACUCAUUUUUAUGAUCCUAGGCUUGGCAUUAAACCCUCCGUUCGUAACAAGAGAGCUUUGAGGUUUCAUGAGCCUGGCAAGUUUCAGCAGUUGGCUGACAGAAUGCGUAUGAAGGCUCAACUGGAAAAGCUGCAAAGUGAAAUCUCCCAAAUUGCCAAGAAGACGGGUAUAUCAUCUGCUACCAAACUUGCUCAAAUUGCUCCUAAAGAACAGGCUGAGGAUCAUGUGCCAAAUGUGGAAUGGUGGGAUUCUGUUAUACUUUUGAAACGGGAUGGGUACAAAGCAGAUGAAUCUGGCACAAUUCCUAUCAAGGAGCAGGGUAUCACACAUCUUGUGGAACAUCCCAUUCAAAUGCGUGCACCAACUGACCCUCUUAAACCUAUCUACAUGCCUGUCUUCCUUACAAAGAAAGAACGUAAAAAGCUGAGGAGGCAAAAUCGACGAGAGGCGUGGAAAGAAGAACAAGAAAAAAUACGUCUUGGUUUGGAAGCACCGCCUGAGCCCAAACUAAGAAUAUCAAACUUAAUGAGAGUUCUGGGAACAGAGGCAAUCCAGGAUCCCACAAAGAUUGAAGCUCAUGUGAAGGAGCAAAUGUUGAAGCGUCAAAAGGCUCAUGAAGAAGCCAAUGCUGCUCGGAAACUCUCCUCUGAAGAGCGUAAAGAGAAAAAGAUGCGGAAGCUAAAAGAAGACACCUCUCUUGGUGUGCAUGUUUCUGUUUACAGAGUGAAUGAUCUUAUGAACCCGGCUAAGAAGUACAAGGUUGAAACGAAUGCUAAACAGCUCUUUAUGACCGGCUGUGUAGUAUUGUUUAAAGAUUGCAAUGUAGUUGUUGUGGAAGGUGGUCCCAAGCAGCAAAGCAAAUACAGAAGGGUAAUGCUACAUCGUAUCAAAUGGGAAGAAGACUCAGUAAAAGAUGCAAGUGGAAAUGAAGUCCCGAAUAAAUGUGUGUUAGUUUGGGAGGGUACAGUUAAACAAAGAAACUUUGGUGAGAUAAAAUUCAAGGUGUGUCCCACUGAAAUGUUGGCCAGGGAACAUUUCAAGAGAAACAACGUUGAACAAUACUGGGACUUAUCAUACAGUGGGGCCGUUUUAGAAGCCACUGAUGAUUCAUAAUCAUGUUUCCAAUAGGCUAUUCUGUCUGUAUAUAGUUGUAUAUUUUUCAAUACAUUUGACCCUCAAAUAAAAUUGUCAUUAUUUACCUAGCCUA